ACAAUGCUGGAUGUUAUCAGCAUAUCCGUUAUAAACGAUAUGAUCAAGUACCUGAACAUUGUCCGCUUGAGUAUAAGAAGGCCUACAACGAAUGUCAGAAAAAAUUGAUUGCAAAAUGGAAACUUCCUUCCACACAGCUGAAUACAGCAACAAGGCGAUUUUGUUGUUUUCAUUGGGAAAAUCUAGAAUGUCAACUUGAAAUAGCAAGAAAAUGUGACAAAUAUUGGGCUGACAAAUUGGACCAGGAUACUAUGAUGAAUGCGAUAUGUCAAAAAUAUAAUCGUAAUGAUUUUCAAAAAAAAUGUGUCGGUCCUAAUUCGUUGAAAUUUACUAAGGAGGAUAAAUUUUAUCAAGCUAACAUUCCAAAAAACAGAAAAGCCAAUACAAAACAGGAUCGGGUUAAGAGGAAUAUAAUAGACGAUGCAGAGAAUAAAAUAAAGGGUGUAGGUAAGGAGAAUAUGAUAUGUGGUGGGGCUGCUAUUGGAUCAGCUAUUGUUGGCCUGCUUUCAGCAUGCUUUUUGGCCCCAAGUACAAUGAAAAUUGGAAUCGUGACCAUUGCUUUCGCGGCUUGCACCUUCUUUACUGGUUGGUUAGUCAAGGAAUAUUUUUUUAAAUGAAGAUUCUACUUCGUUCAUAUAAGUUUGCGGAUGAAAAAAAAUGCAGAUGAUGAAUUGAUUGAAAA